AUGAGUUCUGUCAGUGAAGCUAGUCCCGAAAAUGAGACUGAGAUCGACCAAGACCAGCCACUGGUUAAAUCACUCCAAGACUUGACCAUAAUUGAGUCAUGGAACGAUGGAAAGCUGAAAUCCACCACCUUCUACCACGUCACCGACGAGGAGGAGGUUUUUUUCGGCUACGCGUCAAAGAAUAAGCGUGAAAUGACCAUCCCAGAAUUCAACUUGUCUUUGAAACGUGUCCCGGAUCAAGAUAUCUAUCCAAAAAUACCUGUCAACACUCACUUGACGCUUGCAUCGGAAGUUCUGGACCCUUCUUUGGUUUAUGUUAAGAGAUCAGGCCUACAGUGGUACGACGAUAUGAUCGGCACAAACCAUCUUUCCAAGGCCGUCCUUGAUGAGACACUCGUCAUGGAGCAGAUCUCACGAGCGCCUCACCCAAACAUAAUUCAAUAUUAUGGUUGUCGUGUGAGACGUGGUUAUAUCACGUCGAUUGUUCUCGAGCGGCUUGAUCAAACUCUAAGCGCGUACGUUUCGACAUCCGAUUUUCAAAAGCUUGACAAAAUCAAGUUCUUCGAGUAUUUCAAGUCGGCGGUUGAACAUCUGCACAGCUUGGGGCUAGCUCAUAACGACAUCAACCCAGAUAACAUUAUGGUGAAGAAUGGAUCACCAGUGUUGAUUGACUUUGAUUCUUGUCAGCCCUUCGGGAAACGUUUACAGUCUUUGGGCACGGAGGGGUGGUACGAAAAGGUCUUUUAUACUUCUGAGAAGGAACAUGACAUAUAUUCUCUUGGGAGAUUAGAGGAGUGGCUUAGGACCGCGGGGUGA